UUUCCGCAUUUGCAAAAAGAUAUUUCUUGUCCUCUUAGCGUAAUGCCGUGGGAACAUUAUCCACUUCACGAGACGGCAAAUGGUUGCUGACAGCGAAUUUUGGAAAAGAUUCCAUAAUGAUGGUCUGGGAUACGGAAAAGGGGCAAGUUUUUUUUUUGAAGAAACUAUUUUCGUAAUAUUAUUUUUUUCAAUGUGUUUCUAGGGUACCUGUAUGCACUUUAUUCAAUCCGAAUGCAAGCGAAGACGUGACACUCGCUCGUAUCAGUCCCGAUGCUAAGCAGAUAAUCACUGUCAGCAACGGGAAGUGUCAGAAUGUAUAUGUCUGGUUGUGGACCCAUGGAAGGGACAAACCAGACGGUUUGCUCCCUUAAUUUGUUCGUUCGUUUAAUCACUCUUCUUUGCCUUAGAAACACUUAAAUUAAUAUUUAAUAUUAAUUAUCAUAUAUUAUUAUCAUUACAAAAAUUAUACUUAUCUUAUAAUUACUUAUUAUUUAUUUAUGUAAAAAGUAUUGAUAUAUACACAGAUUUAAUUAGAUUUAAUAAUUAUUGAAAUAGACAAUUAUGAUUAUUAUGAUUUAGAUUUUAUAAAAUAUUUAAGUCAAAAAAAGGAUUGAUUACAAAUUAUCGAUUUACUUAACGACAUUUCCAGCAUCAAUUUCAUUGAUCGACGCUACAUCCGAAUAUGUUAAGGAAAUAACUUUCAAUGAUGAAUAUCCGGAACAGUUUGCAUUAACUACCAAUUAUCAUGUUUUGUUCUUUUUUUGGGUUAGUCAAAAAUAUAUAUAUCAUAUUUGUAUUUUUAGUUUAUUUAAAAUCAUUAAGCGAAAUAUAAAUGAAAUUAUAUAAAUAUUUUGUCAAAACAAGAAAAAAAAUUUAUAUACAUUUCGAAUUUUAAUUUAACUAAUGUCUGAUUGCAUUCUGAUUUUCAUAUUUCUAUCAAAUUUCAUAAACAAGGACGGUGAAUCUUUGAGCUACGAUUGUCCCAAAGUCAUGACAAAACUUCGACGUGUUGAAAUCUUCAAUGGAACUUGCUAUGUUUCAAAAAUACAGCAAGCGUUUACAGCGACUACGAAUGGAUGUAUUUUGGUGUGGAAUGAUGUUCCUCGUAAAGAAAAGGAUGCGAUUAAUGCUAAUUAUAAGAAGAAAAAACACGUAAACACGAUUAAUGUACAGAACUAUAGUAUUACUGUUAUCGCCCAUAAUGAAAAUAUGCUUGUCACGGGAAAUUCAAAUGGUUGUAUCACUUUUUAUAAUUAUCAAUUGAAACUUUUGUAUUGGUGUCAGAAUCAUAAAAUUGACUCCAUUCAAUGGAUAAGCUUCGAUCUUCAAUCAAACUUGCGAUCUCCAGUAUUUACCACCAAAAUAUCUGAGAAACGAAAUGGCAAAGCAGAGAUGGUUUCUUUAAAAUUCACAAGCGCAAAAUAUAUUCCACAAAUCUACAAGGCAUUUCACGAAGCGAAAUCAAGCUAUCCUCCGUUAGAUGCUACUUUACAGGGCUGCCUGUUUAAUGUCCGAAAUUUUCUUGCAUGCUCCUCUACGGGAGUAAUAGCAUUAAUAGAAAUUCCUAAGCAAAAAUGGCACUUUAUAUUACCUCAUCCAGUGGCAGCCACGACAAGCAUGGAUGCUCAUCCUGAAAGCAAUUAUAUAGUCGUGGGCGAUGUGCAAGGUACCGUACAUCUGUACAAUCACGAGAAGCAUACCUUGGUGAUAUCCAGGAGCAUGCCAUCCUUUCCGGAUUUCUGGCCAAUUCUCGAAAAACAGACAAUCGAUAAAAACAUUAUUUACAUCACUUGUCCGCAAAACCACGAGUCUUUAAAAGCCGUCACAGCUUUAAAGUUUUCGCCAAGAUGCGACAUGCUAGUAUGCGGUUUGGAAAAUGGGGCAAUUUGGAUUCUACAUCACAUUACUUUAAAUCCCUUAGAAGAUAUUCCGUACAAACACUCUUCAGCAGCCGUCAAUAAAAUCGCUUUCGCACAGUGCGCCGAUUACAUGGCUUACGCAGAUAACGCGCUGACAGUAGUAGUAUUCAAGAGAAACGAUAUCACCACUUCGAACGAGUCCAACGUAUGGAAUCUAAUCGGAAAAUAUCACUCGCAUUAUCUACCCAUUAGAGAUAUACUUUUCGGCCCGGCUAUAUCAGAUUCCGCUGCGUCCCGAUUUUUUUCACUGGGAGAGGAUCAAGAACUCAUCGAAUAUGAUCUCGAACACAGCGGGCCAUAUCCAAUGCCAGGACUUCAAAUAUUGCGCAUCGAUAAAAUCGAACAGAGCGCUAUUCCUCUUUGUUUAGCGUGGUAUCCCGAGUUCGGUGUUGAGAGAUUCCUUAUGAUCUCAAAUUCUGAAUACAAAUAUAAGAUUUUCAGUGAUGUUACCAAAACUAUUCGCGGUACUUAUUUGGGACCGACUUUUGGAGAACCAGUACAACAAUUCCAAGUCUUAACGAAGGAAUUUGCCAACCAUAAGAGUUAUAUGAUAUUCGCCACCGAGAAGGAAAUCGGUCUUCAGCUAUUGCCUUUUGACGGCAAUCCUUAUAAGAUUGUCGGUAUGACGGGACAUCCACGAAAAAUAACAAAUAUCGCUGUCAGUAGCAACAGAGAAAUACUCUUUACCACAGGCUACAACGAUCCGUGUGUGUUGAUGUGGAAAAUCAAACUCAAAUCCGUUGACUUAAUAGCUCAGUUAGGCGGGGAAGGGCUGUCGCCGUUUCAUUGUCUCAUCGAAGGUGAUGAUAAAUUAUGGCUGAUAAACGACAUGCAGUAUUUGUUCUAUUAUGUGCAAUUAUUACAUCAAAAUGAAUAUACGACCGCUGCCAGAAUCAUCUCCGAUAGUGUGGCCAUCGAGCAGAUUCCAAAUCUUAUGCGAGCUAUAGGAUAUUUUCCGACUAUCAAAGAAAUAGAGAAUAUCAUGACGGAAGUGUCCUACAGACAUUAUAUCGAAACCGAUAAACUUGUCGAAAAGAUCACUUUUGAAGAAUUCAUACGACUCUAUGUGAAUCAUCGACCGGCGUUCGGAAUUUGCAUGCGUCAAAUAAAGGAAGCUUUUCGUACUUUCAUCGAUGAGAAUUCUAUUAAUAUGGAAAAUCCUACCUUAACAAGAGAACAAUUUAUGGACGUUUUAUUGGGUAGAGCAAUAUUGAAGACUUCGAUAGAAGACAUCGAGUGUGUCGGUGAACCGUUGACUAUGGAAGAGGCAUAUACAUAUCUCAAGUUGCUCGUGCCUUCUGAGAAGGAAAUGAUAGAGAUUCGGCCGUUAAGUCCGCAAAGAGACGUGUCCUUCAAUUUCCUUUUUCUUCCGCCGAGAAUAUCUUACAAAGAUUUUGCCAUGGACAUUAUGGGUAUCGAAACACUGGAGGAAACUAAAGUUGACAAUCAAGGAAAUCAACAUGACGAUUAUCCGUAGCAUCGCGGUACUCUAAAGAGAUUUUUUUUAUAGAUAUAU